CCCGCCCCGCGCUCGCCUCCGCCUUCUCCACAACCGGCCAAGAUGGCGUCGCUCUCGCUGCAAGAGGCCUCGAUGCCGGCGACCGGUGGCUUCUCCUUCCACAACACCGCCCGGAAUGCCCAGCUGGAAUCGGAGGGGCCCCGGAAGGGUCUUCGGCUGCCUGCCGCUCGCAAGACGGGCACCACCAUUGCCGGCGUGGUGUACAAGGAUGGUAUCGUGCUGGGCGCAGACACCCGUGCCACCGAAGGGAUGGUGGUUGCCGACAAGAACUGUGACAAGAUCCAUUUCAUCGCUCCCAACAUCUACUGCUGUGGGGCCGGAACGGCUGCGGACACCGAAAUGACCACCCAAAUGAUCUCUUCGAACAUGGAGCUUCACUCCCUUUCGACUGGCCGGCUCCCGAGAGUUGUGACGGCCAACCGGAUGCUGAAGCAGAUGCUUUUCAGGUACCAGGGAUACAUUGGUGCAGCUUUGGUUCUCGGUGGGGUGGAUGUCACUGGGUCUCACCUCUACAGCAUCUAUCCUCACGGCUCGACCGACAAGCUGCCCUACGUCACGAUGGGUUCUGGAUCCCUGGCGGCUAUGGCGGUCUUUGAGAACAAGUUCAAACCUGACAUGGAGGAAGAAGAAGCGAAGUAGCAGUUAUACAUGUUACACACACGACCCCUUCCCUCCCCACCCCUCUGGGGAAAAAAAAAUUAAAUCUAUUGCAAUUCUUAACGUUAAGAUUGAGGCGGUUUUCCCCCAAAGGAAUUCAUCUUCCCAAUAUUUCACAUUAGUUAAAAAGAUACGAGGGGUAUGUCCAAAAAAAA